CGCGUGUUUAAUCUCAUUCGAAUUUAAAUUUAGAUAAUAAUCGAUUUAAAGAUUCGAUUCGAUUCGAUUGUCGUCAGGUAAUUCGAGAUGUGUGCACAUCAAAAUGUGUACAUUUUCAAACGAAACUUUUGAUAUCAGCUGAUAUUUUGUAUAACCUUGACAUUUGUGUUUUUUCUUGUUAAUAAGUGAUUUUAAUAGUAUAUCCAUAUUAUGCGUGAAACAUAUUUUAAUUUAUGUCAUGUGUACGUACAAGGGAAUAAGCGAAAAUUUGACGGCACAAAUUGGCGAACUGGAAACUUUACAGUCUAUUUAUCCAAGAGAAGUAAUAAUAACCGACCAUGGAGUGUUGGCUGACAUAUAUGAUUUUUUAAAAAAUCCUAUGCAGAAUGUGCCUAAUAGAUUAGAAUAUUCAAUUGAAAUUUCAUUGAAUGAUGAAAAAAUUGAAUUAUUAAUCAGUUUGCCACAAAAUUAUCCAAAAGAAAAACCUGAAGUUUAUGCAAAGAGUUCAUCAUUAAAUCGAACCCAACAAUUAUUAUUAAAUCAAUCAUUGAACAAUAUUGUUGAAGGUCAAGAAACUGGCGAGCCUUGUAUUUAUAUGUUAAUAUUAUGGAUACAAGACAAUGGGGAAAAUUAUCUUGCAGCUUCUGCUAAGAGUCAAAAAAAAGAAUUAAAUGACAUAAACAAAAGUAAAGAAGAAGAAAAAUCUACAGUUUUUGCUAGAUAUUGGAUUUAUAGUCAUCAUAUAUAUGGAAAAAGUAAAAGAAGAGAUAUAAUCAAUUUAGCAAAAGAAAAUUCUAUUACAGGCUUUUGCUUAGCAGGAAAGCCUGGUAUCAUUUGUAUUGAAGGAACCUUUGAAAAUUGUGAUUACUGCUGGCAAAAGAUCAAGUCUAUGAAUUGGCAUAAAAUAUUAAUACGAUUGUUAGAAAAAGAAGAAAACCAUAAUGAUAUUGAUGAUUUACGUAAAUUUAAUGAUUUUCAAGAAAUAUCUUUUCCUAGUUGUGAACGACAUAAUGACAUGAGUCAGGUAGAAAAUGUAAGAAUAUUAGACAAAUACAGUAAUAAUCAUUCAAUUGGUACUCUUUAUUUAACUGUAACGCAUCUUGUAUUUACUGAACAAAGUGGAAAGAAAAAAAUUUGGGUGUUAUAUACACAUAUAUCAAACAUAGAGAAACAACCAUUAACUACAACAGGUUCCCCAUUGUGUAUUAAGUUUAAACAUUUUUUUAUUGUAACAUUUGUUAUUCCAAAGGAAAGAGAUUGUCAUGAUAUAUAUCUUACAUUAUCAAAAUUAUCUUGUCCCGCGAAUAUAGAAGAUCUUUAUUGUUUUAAUUAUCGAGAAAGUAAAGAUACUUUACCUCAGCAUGCAGGAUGGAAUUUUUUUAAUGUACAAAGUGAAUUUCAAAGACAGGGAGUUCCAAAUGAAGAAUGGUCUUUGACAUAUUUAAAUACAAAUUAUGAACUUUGCGACACUUAUCCAAAGUAUUUAUAUGUUCCUAGCACAUGUGCUAAUAGCACUUUAAUAGGCAGUGCAAAAUUUAGAAGCAGGGGAAGGUUACCAGUUUUAACAUAUUUACAUUCUAACAAGGCUGCUAUUUGUCGUUGCAGUCAACCUUUAUCAGGUUUUAGUGCACGAUGCCCUGAAGAUGAACAAAUGAUGUAUAAUAUUUUACGUACAAAUCCUAAUUCUAAGUAUAUGUACGUUGUAGAUACACGUCCGCGCAUUAAUGCCUUUGCUAAUAGGGCAGCAGGAAAAGGAUAUGAAAAUGAAAAUUUCUAUGACAAUAUAAAAUUUCACUUUUUCGGCAUUGAAAAUAUACAUGUAAUGAGAACAAGUUUAAAUAAGUUGAUAGAAUUACAGAAAACAACAUCGAUGACUACAUUCUUAAAUGGUUUGGAAAGUAGUGGAUGGCUAAAACAUAUUCGAUCUAUAUUAGAAACUGCUUGGUUCAUUGCUAGAGCAGUCUCAAAUGGUGUCAGUGUUGUAGUGCAUUGUAGUGAUGGAUGGGACCGCACUGCUCAAGUAUGUUCAUUAAGUGCAUUAUUGUUGGAUCCAUUUUACAGGACAAUUCAAGGUUUCCAAGCAUUAAUAGAAAAAGAUUGGUUAUCCUUUGGACAUAAAUUUAGUGAUCGUUGUGGUCACAUCAAUUGUGAUAAUAAAGAAUUAGCACCAAUAUUUACUCAAUUCAUCGAUGCAUCAUAUCAAUUGUUACAGCAGUAUCCACACAAAUUUCAGUUUAAUGAAUAUUUUUUAUUAACUCUUCACGAUCAUGUACAAAGCUGUCAGUAUGGUACAUUUAUAGGAAAUUCUGAGAAAGAAAGACAUGUUCUUAGAGUAUCAGAGAGAACAUAUUCUCUAUGGGGAUACAUAGCAAAUAAUAUGCACGAAUAUAUUAAUCCAAUUUACAAAUCUAAUCGUUUUAACAAAGAGUCCAAUUUUGUGCUUCAACCUAAAUUAGCACCACAAAGUAUCACUUUGUGGCGAGGAAUGUACUUUAGAUUCGAAAAUGGUGUUCACCCUAGAGAAACAUAUGAAGAUUUUCUUUUAGUAAUGCAUGAUCAUACCAGUUGCUUAGAAGAUCAUGUUAAGCUACUUCUAAAGAGAGUGAGUUCUUUAAAUUCUAUAAUGAAUUUAAAUAAUAUUCAAAAGAAAGGUGUACAAGGAAAACUGAAAUUUGAAAAUAAAUUUACUAAAGAUCCAUUAUCUGAUACAAUAAUAGAAAAUACAGCAAAUCACGACGAAAAAACAAAAUCUAAAUUAAAAAUUACACAAUUAGAGAAUGAACUGAAAACAGUUGCUUUAGAGUGGAAAUUAUUACGGAAUAUAGAGGAAUGCACAUGCUCUACUACAUUUGAUGCAUUUAAUAGAAAGCAUCACUGUUGGUCAUGUGGAGAAGUAGUAUGUACACGAUGUAUAGGUGCACAUACUGUUUUAGCUGGACACUUUUCACAACGUGCAGUACCUACUUGUAAGUCAUGUAUACAAAAUUCCAAUAUUCCUUCUACUAGUCCCUAAAUUAAUUUUUUUGACAUUUAUCUAAAAUUGUGAUCCGUAUUUAAGACGUAUAUGACUGUAUAAUAAUUAGAUAUAUUAUCAAAACACAAUUCAGGAAGUACUAGUGAAACUUCAGAAAUGAAUAACCAAAGCAUGUCGGUUUUAAAUAAAAAGAAUAUAUAUACAUAUAGGAAAGUAUUAAAAAUAAAAAUGCAUUUUUAUUUUAAUGGUUCAAGACAAAUUGUACUAUAAUAGAUAUUCUUAUAAAAACGCGUAAUAUCUUAAAAAAAAAGACUGCUUUUAUUUUACAUUGUAUUAUAUAA